CUCGUCAGACACGCAGCAGCAAGGGUACGAUGUGGGCAACACAGGUCCUUCAAACAUCGCGAACGACGUACAGGGGCGUGCGAGGAUCCGGUGCAGGCCAGAGCCUCAAGACGUCGGCGCGGUCCUCUUCGGCCUCGCGCCCAACGCAGGCGGCCGCGGUCCUGUCGGGCCAAGUUUUCAAGCGAUCGCAGCGCGGCCUCUUUGAUGGUGCUCUGCCCCAGAGCGGCAACGUCAUCCCCAAAUCUCGGCAAAAGACGGCACGGACAUGGAGGCCAAAUGUGCAGCUCAAGAGCGUCUGGUCGGACAUUCUGCAGGCCAACCUCAAGCUCCAUGUCAGCACAAAGGCCAUGCGGACAAUGAGGAAGAUGGGCGGACUCGAUACAUACCUCGCAAAGCGGGACGGGGCAUACCUCGGAGAGAUGGGAAGGUCGCUGAGGAAUCAGCUGGGUAGCAUCGUUAGAGAAAAGCAAAACGGCGUGCCUCUAGAUGUGCUGCGCGAGGAGAUGAACGAGACUCUCGGGCAGAACGCCGACGUGAGCCUCGAGCACGGUGUCGACGAGGCGGCCACACUGAAAGGCACCGAGGACGCUCUUCAGACGGAAAUGGACCGAAUGACUCUUGAGCUGCAAAACAAGGCCACGCUGCAGGAGCGCAUCGGAGAGGCUGCCGCACCAGCCGCACAGCAACAGCAGCAGCAGCAAUAAUCACAGGAAAGGAGAGAAGAGCCCGAUGUAUUGUAACAUACUCCAAUGACACACGUUUUGUGA